GAUAGCGAGCGACGCGAGAGAGCCAGGCUUCGGCAGCAGCAGCCCUGCCUUCAGCGGCCGAGCAGAUCACGGGCUAGUUCGCGCGACGAUGGCCCAGUGAAACGGAAAGGGUUACGAAACUAACCCCACGGUUGGGAAUCGCGCGAGGAGAGCGAGCGAGAGAGCCAGCCCAAGGUGGAGCAACAACUCGGGCCCGGAAGGAGCGCGAGCGUGAGCAAAAGAGAGCGCGAGCAGGAGCGAAAGAUUGAAAGAAAGCGGAGGAAAAGAAGCGGAGCGAGUGGAUGCGAGAGAGUGCGAGAGAGAAAGAGAGCGUGCAAGAAGAUCGCGCGCGCGUGCGUUUGUCCGUAUGCGAAUGUGCGUGUGCGUGCGUGCGUGCGUGCGCGGCUGAGUGUACGCGCCUCUGUGUGUGGAUGAGUGUGCGUGAGUGCUUCGCGUGAAAGGGAUACGACGAGGUGUCGCGCGCGCUCACGAUACCGAACGGAUAAACCGGGGUGAAGUACGAAAAUGCAUUUUUUUCGUUCGUUUUUCCGUUCAACGAUCCACGUCGAGGCAAACGGAGUGUCGGCUACCCCGAGAGAAUAAAGAACGCACGAGCUACUAAAAAAGUUAAGGAUAACGGGGAGAGCAAAAGUGGUGAAUCGAGGAGUGAAACGAGGCCAACACGGAUACAUAAGCCACGAUCGAGAAACACGAAGGCAGGAUACGAGAGGAAAAAACAAAACUCGAGAAAGAAAGAAAUCACAGGAAGUUCGGAACACCGGUCCCAAGCUGGGGUAGGGCCGAAUAUCUGCUCGUUCGUUAGGGGAUAAGGCCACGACGUGUCACACGCAUCUCGCGGGCAAACGUUAUUCUACACCAACAGCAGCCCUGGCCUGCCACAAUCCCUUCGAUUCGGUCAUCAUUUCAGGCUGAGUAUCGAGUGCACCUUCGUACGAGGGAUCGAGCUAUUCUGGACGGUGUUGUGUAGUGACUCUCGCGUGGAUACCCUACCCGUGUUCCUCUCUUAUCUCUUUGCAGCACGACCUCCAGGUAUUAGUGAGAUAUUUGCCAUUGCUGCAACGCUCGUGUUCAACACCGAGACCCAAGACAGACGGUGGCGGUGGGCAAAAUGUCAUUCGGCACUUCAUAUACCUACAAGGUAUACAAGUGCUGCGGGGUUGGAGGUGGCGCAGCCACGGCACCUCAGGCUUCUCAGCUGCUGGGUACCGGAUCUGCUGUCGGAGGCACCACCUCCUCGAGAACCGCCAUUAUGCAGGACCCCGUUCUCGAGUCCAUACUGGAGCAAAUGCGAGAGACAGAAGCUCGGAGGGCUGACCUGGAGAGGCAACAUGCCGAGGCACAGAACCAACUGCGGGAAAAGAUGGCAGGUCGGUAUCAAGGCCCGGAGUCGGUUGAGGCGUUGCAAUCGAAGAUCCGUGAAUUGGAAAAGAAAACGGAGCUUCAAAUGGUCAGACACGAGGAACUGUCGUUGGAGCUGACGAGUCUAAGGAGAGCGAGGAGCAGAGGUCCCGGUAGUACGGGACAACAGCACGCUGGCUCGUCGGCGCUGACCGGUACGACGUGGCCACCGGCUGGCUCCGAGAUCGAUAGAAUAAUAGCUAAGAUCGAGCAGGACAAUAGCGCGAGGGGAAUGUUGCACGAACUCGAUCAUACGAGGGUGAGUGCAGUUACGACUCAACAACCGUCGGCGGCUCAGGGAAUACUGCGAUCUAGCGCGGAAAAUCUCUCGAGUCUCGGACAUCAACAUUCGACACAUCCACAUUUAAAUCUUGGAUUACCCGGUCAAACGUCUCAUUACGCAGGUUCCCCAAUGCCACUGACACCAAUUAUGCCGGGGUGUCCACCACUGACGCCGAACGGUCCUCCUUAUCAUUAUAACGAGCCCAUACCGCCAGCCCCAUCACUCUCAACGAGCCAAUCGCAGCCUGCGUUUCAACAAAAACUACAACAGUAUCAUCAGCAACAUCAGCCGCCACACGUCGAUCUGCCAAGUUCACAUUCUCAAGGUGCUCUGCCAUCGCAGCAACAGCAACAACAGCAGAAGCAACAAGCUCACGCACACUUUACGAGCAAUCAGUAUCAGGAGAGUUACCCCCAUACGCAAACGUAUCAGCAGCCACUCCAACAACAACAACAGCAGCAGCAGCAGCAGCAACAACAUCCAGCAUCGAGUUCGUAUCUCGCUGGUUCAGUCAGCCAGCAAAGCGUUAUGCCACAUUAUACUCAGACUGGACAAACAACUGGUCAGACAUAUCAGCUCAAUGGAACUCAGCAACAGGCUACUAAUUAUCAAAAUUUGUCGUUGACCUCCCAUCCAAACGGUACGUACAGUACGGGCGUUGUCAGCAGCUACGGUACGACCCAUCAGCAGCCAUUGGCAAGUGCCCAUCACAGUUAUUCCGUACCACCGACGAACAUAACACAGACUACACUGUCGUCCUUGCCUCCGUACUCAUCGGCACCUUAUCACUCGACCCUCGGUAUACUCACGAGCGCACCGCAAUCAGUGCUUCCUUUUUCGAGCGUACAGAGCAGCUACGCAACAACCGGAUCAACUUACUCGACUGUGGGGACCAAUGCAUUCGGUACAUCGGGCGUUACUUCCGGUACGUCAUCGGGUGGUUUGCUCCAGGCAAUCGGUGAUCCGUUGCAAGCGAUGCAGCAAUUAUCGGCACAGUCGCAGGCAAAUCAGUUGCAACAACAGGCUAUAAUAAACCAGAUACAGCAGAGUCUUCGCGUAAGCUCACCAACCGCAACGGCAGGCACGACGGGACAUCACUUUCUUGGGCCUCGACAAAUGCCGAAAAUUCCAACGGGCAUACUCACGAAUCCUCUGGAUCGUCUUGCAAAUGAUAAUUUAGUUACCGAGGGACAAGUUGACAUGCUCGACAUACCAGGAAAAGGAAGAUGCUACGUUUACAUCGCCCGAUUCAGUUACGAGCCCUUUCAGCAUUCACCGAACGAAAAUCCCGAGGCCGAAUUACCCGUCCAGGGUGGCGAUUAUCUUCUCGUUUGGGGCCAACCGGACGAGGAUGGUUUUCUCGAUGCUGAGAGCCUCGACGGUCGACGCGGCCUCGUACCCGCUAAUUUCGUUCAAAAACUCGUCGGCGAUGAUCUCCUCGAGUUCCAUCAAGCUGUCCUGGGUCUUCGGGACGUCGACGAUGCCGCAUCCACGAACAUUCCACAAUGCUACCUUCAAGACAUUGAUCUCGAGUUGGCUGCCCUCGAGGAAGGUAACCGCAAUCGUCAGGCUGAGUUGUCGGCGUACGCGGAGCUCGACAACAUUGCGGACGAGGACGAGCAAGAGCCGCCAGUUCCGGCGCCCCAGCAUCUCACGCUCGAGCGUCAGCUCAACAAGAGUGUUCUCAUCGGUUGGACCGCACCGGAGAAUCCGCACCAGCUCGAAUCCUAUCACGUGUACGUCGACGGAGUGCUCAAAGUGACGGUCAAAGCGACGGAGAGAACGAGGGCUCUCGUCGAGGGCGUCGAUUCUACGAGGCCUCACAGGAUAAGCGUUCGUUCGGUGACACACUCGAGAAGAACAUCGAGAGACGCAGCUUGCACGAUGGUCAUAGGAAAAGAUGUAGCGAUCGGUCCAACAGCUGUGAAAGCAUCGAACGUGACAGCAACGAGCGCCGUCAUAUCCUGGCUCCCGAGCAACAGCAAUCACCAACACGUCGUUUGCGUAAACAACGUUGAAGUGAGAACCGUGAAACCUGGUGUAUACCGGCACACGAUAACCGGCCUCGCACCGUCGACCGUCUAUCGUGUUACCGUAAAAGCUAAGAAUCUACGAGCCACGCACUUCGAGGACCAAAAUGCUCAGUCGGCUAACAACCUUGCGUGUCACGUCCACUUCAAGACACUGCCGAAGGGACUUCCGGAUCCUCCGGUCGAUAUCCAGGUGGAGGCUGGACCGCAGGACGGCACUUUGCUAGUGACCUGGCAGCCUGUUGCCCUAAACGGUUCUGCCGUCACCGGUUACGCGGUGUACGCGGACGGAAAGAAAGUAACCGACGUGGACAGUCCGACCGGUGAUCAUGCCCUUGUAGAUAUUCACAAGCUGAUGGGUCUCAAUCCAAAGGCAAUCACGGUUCGUACAAAGAGCCGUGAGAGCCAAUCGAGCGACAGUUGCGCUACUGCUAUACCCUGCAGCGUGCUGAGGGGUGGAACGGCUCAUAUGCAGCACGGUACCUCGCAUCUCGUCGAUCAGGUGCAACAGCAGCAGCAGCAACAACAGUCCGUAGUCGGUAUUGGGCCACAAGACGACAUGAAUCGUCAUAGAAUGGGGGGCAUUGGCCAAAGAUAUCCUGGUGCACCGGUACCAGCGCACAUGCGAAGACACGGUGCCACGAGGGUCGACGCUCAUGGCCAGGUCAUCAUCGAAACCGAUGAAAAUUUAUCCGACAAAGAGAUCUAUCCGGGACAGAGCAUAUCGCAAAUGGGCAUACCCGAGAUCACGAAGGACUCGGCGAGCGAAGCGAAUUAUAGCGAAGAGGACGAUCCGGCGAGAAGGGCACGAAUGGGUCAGCAGCCUCACCAUCCUGGACAUCAUCGCUACGGGCAGCAACCAGGACCUCCGGGUCAACCGGGUACUCACAGACCCGGCAGAGUCGGUGGCGUUGGUCCCCGGGGGGAUCCCUACUACCAGGAACAACCGGGAGCCCAAAGAGGUCGUGGACCGGUUUAUCGAGGCGGUCGAGUUAAUCAGGCACAGGGAGGUCCACCUCAUCCGGGAACGGGUGUCCAACAAGUUAACAAAAGGCCGCGAUGGUUCAUCGCGCUUUUCGAUUACGAUCCAACCUCGAUGUCGCCAAAUCCAAACGCUUGCGAGGAAGAAUUGCCCUUUUCGGAAGGUGACACCAUCAAAGUUUACGGCGACAAGGACGACGAUGGAUUUUACUGGGGUGAAUGCUGCGGUAGACGCGGUUAUGUGCCUCAUAACAUGGUCGAAGAAAUCAAGAACCCACCGCCUGGUGCUCAGGGACAGGGACAACCCGGCAGAAGAGGACAGGGCGAUAGACUCGGCGACAUUUACACGAGUAUGCCCGUUAGAAAAAUGAUCGCCCUUUACGAUUAUGAUCCUCAAGUCUUAUCGCCCAAUGUUGACGCCGAGCAAGUCGAGCUCAGUUUCCAGACCGGUAACGAGAUUUACGUAUACGGUGAAAUGGACGACGACGGUUUCUACAUGGGCGAAUUAGACGGAGUGCGAGGGUUGGUGCCGAGCAAUUUCUUGACGGAAGCGGGACCUACGAAGGGCCAACCGGGUGGUCAGGGUGGCAGACGACCACCGGACCAGGGUCAAGGUCCUGGUGCGAGAGGUCCUCCGCCACCACCGCGAGGAGCACCGCCCCCGGGUCACCGUCGUAACAAAGAUGCCUGCAUUGUGCCUGUGUCUGUCCCUGUCUGUCACUUAGACUCUAGACAACUACAACAACAACCACAACAACAACAACUUAUGAACAACCAACAACUACAACAACAACAACAAAACAAUCCACCGCAUCUAGCGUACCAACAAGCGAAUCACCACAGCUACACGACCGUUACAACGUCGAAUCAACAGGGGCCAGGUGGAGGCGUUAUGGGACCCCAUAACGUCCAUCAGCAGGGUACCGUACCUCCCCACCUUCAACAACAGGGGAGGGGGAGAGGCGGGACCAAUCGAAUCGGUGGUAGUAACGCGCCAGGCAUGCCGGGUGGUCCGCAGCAACAAUUCCAGCAACAGCAACAGAUGGAUUAUCAACAGCAGCAGCAGCAGCAGGCGAGUCAGCAAAACAUGCAGGGAAAUUACGGUCAAACGAACACGGGGUACCAGCAGCAGCAACAGGGACCGCAGUCUUAUCAGCAGCAGAAUCCAAACUUUCAACAGUCGCAACAAGGCCCACCGGGACAGCAACAACAGCAGCAGCAAUCGCAACAACAGCAAUUUGGUCAACAGCAGCAAGGACCGCAACAAGGCCAGUACGGGCAACAAAAUCAGGGGCCUUCGUUGCAGGGGCCUCAGGCGAGUAAACCGAUGCGUGGAAUACCAGCGGUGAUACCAACGGCCCAGGCGAAAAUGGAUCCCCAGCAGCAACAACAGCAGCAGCAACAGCAACAACAGCAACCGAGCACGGGGCCAAAUUUAAUGCAAAAAUUCACAGAAAUGGCAGGAGCGAGCGCCGGUGGUGAUAUACUUUCGAAAGGAAAAGAGCUCAUAUUCAUGAAAUUUGGACUGGGCAAGUGAACGUUCGUUUUUACUUAGCAUCAUCGUUCAUUUAUCGUGCUCCUUAAAAGAUGGUAAUCUCAACGUUAAGUUUAAACGUAACGCGAUAAAGCAUCCUUACCGACCUCGAAUUUCAUACAAACCCUGAAAAUUCUUCGCUCCGUAAGCAUCCUCGUUAAUAACGAUUUCAUAAACCCGGGGCUACCGAGGGGAAAAUGCGAGGGGUGAUGUAAUCGCGAAUUUGUAUCAUACGGAUUUCGCUUGCGAAAAUCCAACGAAAAACAAUUUAAAAAAUAUCACAAAAACAAAAUAACACAUACACACUCAUAACACAGAGUUAAACACGCCAUGAAGAAAAGAAAUGCAAACAAAAGAUUACGCGAGAUAUAUUAUAUAAUGGGAAAGUUAAAACGAACAUAAUACUGCUAAUGCGCUGUUGCUGGGCGUCGCGUCCGCCGUAUAACGCUCUUUUGCCACUGACAAUGAUUGACGAUUAUUAAAACGAUGCCUGGUGGAUCAUAGACAUUUAAUCACAUCUCGUUUAUUAUUAUAUAUGUAUAUAUAUAUACGAAAUGUAUACAUGUAUAUAUUUAUAUUCGAGAUUCUUACGUCGUUCGUCCAAUUCGAUUCCAACGAGAUUCAUUAUGGGAACGAGAUGUGGAAAAAUAUUUGAAACUGCGACAAAGAGCAUGAGUUAAUGAUAAGUUUGAAUGAUAUUUAUUCCGACGAUCAUUGUGCGCCCCCCCACUUUGAGAAUACUGCUAAAUUCCACCUCCUCAUUUUCAUCCUCGCACACUCGAGGAUGAAUGGGUUCUGAGUAAAUAAAUAUUGUUCGAAAACAUGGAUAGACUUUCAAGCGGCACGGUGGAAAACGGAGGAAAUUGAAAGAAAGCAAAGCACGGGGAGAUUUUGCAAUGACGAUUGUUGUUAUACUCUUUUGAUUAAUCGCGGUUAAGGGUCUGUUACCUCUCAAACGCUCUCUCGGUGAAACUCUCCAAGAUUUUCUCGAACAGAUGCCCGGUGAGAGAGGAACAUUGUUUUAAGGUGCACUCAUACCCGAAAGCUUCUCUCUGAAUUUACCCUCCCGCUUCGAUUUAUCUCUACCCGUUCUUUACUUCUAGACGUCAAUAAAUCUCUCUAUAAAUACGUAUGUAGGUACAUCAUUUCAUGACUUACCGCUGCUUAAUUAUUCGGACUUUCUUACUGGUUUACGUAUCUGCUGGAUUACUGGCUCAACGAAUCAGUGGAAAAUCGUUCGAAUCAAUUUUUAAUGACUGUCAUCAAAGUAUGUGUUCGAAACGAUCUACCGAUGGAUGAGUCGGGAAGGAAAAAUUUAUUUGUAAUCGAAAUUGACUUUUUUUUAAGUGAAAUGGGGAGAGUAAAGCCGCGAUCAGAUUUUCUUGAAGAUGAAAAAUUUGAAUGAACACAAAAAACGUUACUUUCGUUAGAAAAUCAACGAUCUUUGGGGGUCAAAGAAAUGCUUUUGGAGUGAGAAAUACAGGCGAAGAAAUGAUAAGGAAGUGAGCAAGAAUGAUUUUCCAUUCGAUUUGUAUUUUGGAGAGCGAGAAAAAAAAGCGGGUACGUUAAUCUCUCACGAACUGUCGUUUCCGUGAGUUGAAAAUCAGGAUGUUGCGCCGUCGAGAAGCUCGUUGGUGCACGGCAAACGGUGCGACGAGUGAUCCGAGAAAAAUUGAAAAAUCGCGGACGAGCAUGACGAUCUAUCGGUUAACGGAGCCACCACCUGUUCUCGGUGUACUUGUCGGAUAGAAUGACUGAAUUACGUGAGCGAGGGAGAGAGAUGUAGAAAGAGUGUGAAAGUGAGAAAACAAAGGUAGAUUUAAUUUGUUAUAGUCGAAGAAAACAUAGUAAAAUGAAGGUGACGGGAAGCGGGCGUGCCUUGAGAUGCCUCAAAAACCCCGACACAAACUAUAAUCAUAUCCGUAAUCAAUAAAAUCGUAAUGAAUAAUUUAUCGCGGGUGAUCUACAGAAGCAUUAUGAAAAACGAAGAAAACGAGGAAUCGUAUAUGGAGGAAAAAAGAAGAAGUGAAUAAAUGUUCAGGUGGUGGCCGAACUCAUUGGGCGAAGAAAAAUGAUGAAUUUUUAUUCGAUUCGUCUGACCGUACAAAAAAUCUCUCCUCUCACUUUGCGUAUUCCCAAGACUUAGUAAAUCUUCGAUUCCCUGCACCAUUCGUAUUUCGUUCCUUUUAUUAUUCUACGAUUUUUUUUCCACCUCCAACUCCCGUGAUACAGCGAAGCAUAUACACAAGAAAACGCGGAAGUUGAGUUGAAAGGGCUUCGAAAAAAGUCAUUCCGUUUGAUUUUCGUUGUUUUCAGUUGCGAUGCUUACGAUGUAAACUCGAGAAUUAUUAGUUGAUUAGUAUUUUUUAAAAUAAGUGAGUCGUGGAUGAAGAGAGCGAGAGAGAGAGAGAAAUGUGUGUAUUCUCUAUUUCGCUGAAGCGAAUAUCGGCAGUCAAUAUCGCGCAACGUUGACACACCUGAAAAGAGUGAAUGGAGUAAGAGAUUAAGCGAUUUUUCUUCGAGACUAUCGCGUUAAGAUGAUGGAUCAGUCGGUAAUUACACCUCAAAUUUUUGAAAUUGAAACUCUUUGACAUCGUUCGUCCGAUUAAAAUAAUAAAAAUGUCAUCGUACGCAGCACGUCAUCGCAAAAAUCCAAUGACAUUUUUAUUUUUUCGAUCAGACGAACUAUGUGGAAAAAUUUCCUUUUCAAAAUUUGCAGUCCAUCAUCUUAAAAAUUGAGAAAAUAUAAAUCCUCAAACGAGUUUCUUCUUACGUUAUAUUAUACGAAUUUCGAGAGAUUAUAUGAUCAUCGUUCGAUUCAUAAAUCGCAAUUGCACAAUAGUUUCAGCAUAAAUGGGGGCAGAUCGUUGCGACAUAAGAGUGUAAAGAUAUGAAAAUAUAAAAAGAUGCUGUCGAGAGAGGCGAAGAAGAUCGUGCUGUAGGAGACAAGAGUGAGAGAGAAAAAGAGAGAGUGGAAUUAUUGAUGCUAAGGGUCACGAGUGAAUAUGCAUAGAGAAUGAAGAGAUUUAAAAUGACGAUAAAGUAUACAUAUAUACAUAAUAUACAUAUACAUAUUAUAUUUAACUAUUGCAAGAAUUGUUGUUACAUCGCUACUUGUAUCGUAUUUUGUACAAAGUAUCCGACCCUUAAUUAUUAUUUUUCGUUUGCCAGAGCAUCAGAGAGUAUAUGAAUUAAAUAAGUGAAGAGAGAGAGAGGGAGAUUAAUGCAUUAUUGCAUCGAGAUCCACGUUACGGUGUUGUACAUUGAAAGAAGGGAGGAAAAAAAAGUAUAAAAUAGAGAUUCGAAUAACUCUUGAGCCUCAGCUCAGGCACUUUAACGUGGAUUUUGAUGUUCGGAGGAUAGAAGAGAAAACGAAGAUAAUUAUUUCGUUCGCUUGUGCGAAUUAAAACUCACAAAACACAUUCACGAAUACACUAUAAAAUAUUGACACGCAAAAGUACAUGUGAGCAGAGUGAAUUUUUCGGGAGGAUGGCGCGGUGGCUAUGUCAGUGUCUAAAAAGUCUACGUUUCGAUCAUUGGAUCUCGUUUCGUUUAAAUAUAUGCCCGGUUAUUAUCUAUACGUGCCAUUCUACAUGUAGGACAAAUUUAAUAAAGUUGAAAGAAAAGUGUAAGCGAACGAGAGAGAGAGAGAGAGAGAGAGAGAAAACCAGAGAACGAAAAAGAAUAAAGUCCCAAAAUAGUGUUGAGAAAGAAUGUUGUGUGUGGAAGGGGGACGACGACGAAAAAUCUUCGAGAAAUAAUAAAAUAAUAAAUAACAAUUAUGGCCAUUAUAGGAGAGAGCUCCAAGUGCUCUCGAGAUAAACACACACGUUCAAAUAUAUAUACACACAAACACCGUGCGAAUCGGAAUGCCCAAGAGACUGAACGUAUUUAAAUCGAGCGUUAUAAAACAUGUGGACUAUCCACGCCGGUAUAAUAUGACAAAACAAAUAUUACCACACUUACACCAACAAAUACACACACACACACACACACACAGACACACACGCUGACGGUGACUACCGAUAACUCUAUAAUAUGUAUAAAAAAAAGUACUUUAUCGUAUAUAUAUAUUAUAUAUACACAUAUAUAAUAUAUAUUAAUAUAUAUAAUAUAUAUAUAAGUAAUUGCUUUGAAAUGGUAAAAAAAAAAAAAAAACAAAAGAAAAAAAAAGUCAUAAGCAAAGCAAACCAUUGGAAAUGACGAGAUGAAACAAUAAACGAGAUAAUAUAUAUAUGACUGCGUUGGGUAUACAGAAUUUAAUGUUAUCAAUAUUACGUAAUGAAUUAUCGUUUUCAUUGGCAUUAAUUUUCAUCGUUAUUAUCACUAUUAUGAUUACGACUGCGAGGAUUUUUGAAUCCGAUUGACAGUAUGGUAAUGUAUAUUCGUGUGACGAUCCUUCUUUAUGUUUUAUCGUCGUAUUAAUACGUGUAUAUAUAUACAUACAUACAUUUGAAUUUCGACGUUCGAGUAUGAGAGAUUCAGCCUUGGCUACAUAUCAUGCGGAUUAUGAGACGUAUCUUAGUUUAUCGAUAGAUCGAAUCGUUACGUGUUUUUUUUUUUUUUUGUUUAAUUGAUCGUUUUGUUAAGUUUUAAAAAUAUUUUGUUGAAUCCACUCGAAACUGAAUGACACGAGUGGUGGAAAAAUGGCGAUGAAAUGUAAUCGAAGAAAAAGGAUAUAUAAAAAGAGCAACGCUGAUUCACGUACACGUAAGGCUCGCUCGGCUCAAUUGAACGACGUGCUUACCGGCUUAACGCAGGCUUAUACGAAAAUACGUUUGAUAUAUAACGAGGAAAAAGUAAUAAUCGAUAAAAGCUGUUGGAAUUAUAAUUUAUUCGGUGAUGAUAAGUGCGAUGAGAGAAUGGUUAUGGAAAAUAAUAAGGUUUUAACGAAUAAAGGCGAAAAUAAUGCGCCUCGCGACGGGAUACACGCAUUAUUAGUAUUCUCGGGUCCACUCUUAAUCCCUCGAAAAAGGAUUGUAUACUCCGUAGAUCCAAUUGAGGAAGAAAUAUGAGGAAAAAUGUGAGGAUUAUUGAUAUCUUGGACGAUAACGCGUACGCCCCCGUGUACAUAAUCGAUGCGAGGUAAAGCCUCGAUGCGUAUACACGGAUAAAUGGACGAAUGAGUAUUAAAAGGAGUUUCACAUUCGUCUAUAAUUCAGCUGAUAUUGUGUACAAAAUUUCGUAAAAAUAGCCAAAAGUCUCUUGUUCGAUUGGUGCACAAAGAAAAACUAACGCGAGCUGUGUGACUGAGUGACGAAACUUUGGACUACCAAUAAUAUACAUAGACAUGAGAAUAUAAAUAAUAAAGAGACUCAAAUAAUGUUUAAACGUUUAAUGUACGAAUUGCGCGCGUCGGUACAAAAUCUUUAACAAUAUAUAUUUCAUUGAGUUUACGUGAGGAAAAUGUUUUUCGAGCUCUCACCCUUUCGACGCUCUUUGUUUCUCGUACACGAGCAGAGAGCAUCGCGCGUCAUUGUAACGCGCCGAAUGAAAAUAACCCGGGAACGAAGAAUUUACUAUAAUCCUCUGUAACCCGAUUGCCAAAGUUUUCAGUAAAUUUAGUGAUACGUAAUAAGUUCAAUCGAAUUUUAUCGGUAGCGACAGCACUCAAUGAUUCUUCAAUCAGCCAUCAUUGGCGCUAUUUUUGUUGGUUUGUCCAACCCGGAAGUAGCAAUCGCGGGCCCAAUUUUAGGAAGAUUCUUCUCCACGAGCGUGCGAUCUUUCCUCCUCGGCACGAAUCCCACUCCAGUUUGUUCGGUUCAGGCACAAUCCGAAUGUCAUUAUUUCUCACGAUACGUCCGCAAUUAGAUCGAAACAUUUCCUCCUUCGUUCGGAUCAGCGCUCCGCUGUAAUCCGUAUAUUUACCGAAAAAUCACACUGCUUUUCUGUUCCCUCGUCCCUCCCCGAGUCCGAUGAUGACGAAUAAAUAAAUAAAUGAUUCGAGAGAAAUCAUAUUAGACAAUAAUUAUGGAUACAAUCAAGCUGCGAGCGAAUAGCGAUGAGAAAAUUUCACCUUCCGGUCCUUCGUGCUGUCGUCAAUUCGUUUCGUUCCGCUCGUUUCUCGCUCAUUUUUUUCUUUCAAUUUAUGACUACGGGGGGCUUGGGAAGAGAGAAAGAGAGACGGAGCGAAUCAUCCCCAGGCUGCACUACUCGUGUUGCGUCAGGUUCGACGCUUUUCUUUCGCCGCAUUUCGAAAUAAGAACGAAACAAACGAAUUGCAAGAAAGAAGUUAAAGCUUCGAUAUCAUGGUGGAAAGAGAGCGUUGGAACAUUUAGGAGCACACAUCUCGCGUUAAUCUAUCAUUCGUCAUUUAUUAUUAUUGUUGUUGAUGUUGUUGUUGUUAUGCGUAAUACGUAUCUAUUAAAGAUAUAAAGAAAAAAAACCUUUGUUGCGUCUCUACUGUUGCAAAUAAAUGAUACCACGAUGUACGAAAGGUGAA